AUGUUAAACAAACUUCAAUUAAUUGCCGACUCUAAAAGUUCGGUUUUUCGCCUAGUUCGGCUUCAUGCAGGCAGGAAAUAUGAAAAGGUUACAGUGUCCACAUGUUGCAAAGCACAACCUCCCUUUUCAACAAGAUCCCGGAUGACCCCCUUCAAACAUGAACUACAUGUGCUUCCAUUAUCCAGCAUGCUCCACACAAGCAAAAGUCCUGCCAUUCUGAAGUGCUCGUGUAUACCUCAGCUGAAAAGAUUUUCUCCUACCUGUAAUUUAUCCACAUUUUGUGGCUCAAGUGUCACUUAUCUUUACAACUCAGGAUCAAACAGUGGUGGAUUUACUACAGCCUCUAACAAAGGCCAACACUUUUUCAUACAGAAACGACAUUUCUCUACAGACCCCAUUUACAAUUUUUUUUCAACAGAUUUCUUACCAAUAAAAAUAUCCCACGACUUAUUUGUUAAUAUUCACACAUUCACAGGAUUGCCUUGGUGGGCCAGCAUUGCCCUGACAACAGUCCUUUUGCGAUCAUGUAUAACUUUGCCCCUGGCUGUUUACUCAAAUUACAUUCUUGCCCGAGUAGAAAAUCUGCAGCCAGAGAUACGAAAACUUUCUCACAGGUUAAAGAUUGAAACAGCAAAAGCCAUUAGAGAAUUUGGCUGGAACAUGGAACAUGCAAGAAAACGAUACAAUUAUUCAAUGAAAAAAGUGAUUCGAGAACUUUACAUCCAAGAAAAUUGCCAUCCUGGAAAAGCAACUGUAUUGAUUUGGGUUCAAAUCCCCAUGUGGAUUGCUUUGUCAUUUACUCUUCGAUAUAUGUCUGGUUUUGCACCAAUAAUGGACUUGGAUAGUUCUUUUAUUCACUCUGAGCUUCAUCAUGAAGGCAUGCUAUGGUUCAAAGACAUGACACUUCCUGACAGGACUUGGAUUCUGCCUAUCUCUUUGGGACUGGUCAAUUUGUCGAUCAUUGAAAUACAUGCUUUACAGAGGACCAACUCAACUUUUUUAACCAAGAUUAUCACUAAUCUUGUAAGAGGAUUAAGUUUUUUGAUGAUUCCCAUUGGUGCCUCUGUUCCCAGUUGUAUGUGUUGGUACUGGCUGUGUUCCAGCCUCUAUGGUUUGUCACAGAAUUUAGCCUUUCUUUUACCCACCGUGCGUCGAGCCGUAAGGAUUCCCAUCACCCCAUCUGAGUGUGACACUCCGUAUCAGAGAAUUUAUGCUGCUGCUAAAGAAAAAUACUCUUUUAAAAGAAAAAAAUAA